AUGAAUAAUUUUGAAGAAAUAGUUCGAACAAAUGGCCCGAAACAGUAUUCUGCAAACCCCGGCUUUGGUGUAUCUGCAAUGAUAAGACAUAAUCUAGAAUAUUCCAACCCACGAUCUUACAGUGAAAUUUCCGGAACUGAGCACUGUGAAGCAGUAUCUUUUGAAGUAAAUAAUGUGAAAAUAGUAGCCUUAUAUAGAUCAUGCAAAUGCCCCAACAGCGUCGCAGUGGGUUUUAUAAAUUAUUUACUGUCGCAUAAUAGUUCUUGCAUUAUAUUUGGAGAUUUUAACGAAGACUACCUUAGUAACAACAAUACUGCAGUAUUUAAAUUACUAAAUGACGCUGGUUAUCACUUCAUGUUACAACCCCUACCCACUACUCGUGGUGGGAAAUAG